AUGAUACGUGACAGACAAGAAGUAAAAGAUAUUUUUUAUCAAUGCCCUAAGUGUGGAAAAACAUUACAAGGGCCGAAUGGAACUUUUGGAACUUUUGAUACACAAAUUUAUCCGAAUAGUCCACUGAUAGAAACUGAGGAAUCAUGUGAAUGGAGAAUAUCUGGCGCGCAUGGGGAGCGAAUCGCUCUAAACAUUGAGGCGUUAAAUAUUUACGAGACAACCAAUUGCACAACAGAUUACUUGGAAAUUAGAGAUGGAUACUGGAACGGAAGUCCUCUAUUAGGCCGAUUUUGUGGAAAUGAAAUUAUGACGCAGCCUUUAAUUACUUUGAGCAAUCGCAUGCUGGUGACAUAUGUCCGUACAAGUGGCAAUAAAAAUGACUACGGGUUCAUGGCGAGUUAUUACAAAGUAUGCGGCGGCGAUAUUGAAAUAAACCAAACUAGAAUUUACUUAGAAUCGCCGAAUUAUCCUUACGAUUAUGAUCAGAACAUUCAGUGCACUUGGCGUUUCUUCUCCCCGAAGGACCAACGAAUGAGGGGUAGAUCGCCACUGAGUGAAAAUAAAGUCGUGUUGUACCUCGAAAUAUGCAUUCGUAAGCACGUUUGUAUCCUAUUGAGCGAUAAGAAAAAUGAUCCCUGGUUUCUAUCCUCGGUCAAUAAGCUCGCGAUCCACAAUUAG